AUGCCUUCAGACCAUCCAGCAAAGACACACACUCCCACCCCUCGCUCCCGCCCCCUCUACCACUACCUCGUCGGCGCUGCACUCACAGCCGCCCUCGCCCUCGUCCUCCUCUCCACAAGGACAUCCUACGUCUUCCCCCUCUCCCCUUCGUCUCUCGACUUUGGCUUUGGCCUCAACGUACCAGAAAUCUUCAAGUCUAAUAAAAUGCAGGGCAAGAAACAUGUCGGAUACUUUGUCAACUGGGGCAUCUAUGGCCGCAAGUUCCCCCCGCAGAUGAUCCCCCACCAGCACCUCACCCACAUCAACUAUGCCUUUGGUAACAUUGACAAGGACAGCGGAGAGGUCAAGCUGUCGGACACUUGGGCCGACGUCGAGAUCCACUAUGACGGUGACAGCUGGAACGACUCGGGGGAGAACAUGUACGGGUGUCUCAAGGCCAUUUACCUCAUGAAGAAGGCCAACCGCAACCUCAAGGUCCUCCUCUCCAUUGGCGGCUGGUCGUACUCUCCUAACUUUGCCAACAUUGCCAACCCCGCGUGGCGCGCGAGGUUUGUUCAGUCGUCCGUCAAGCUGGUCGAGGACGUUGGCCUUGAUGGCCUUGAUAUCGACUACGAGUACCCCAAGACUUCCAGCGACGCGCAGGCGUACGUUGCCCUCCUUCACGAGCUCCGCCAGGGUCUCGAGAACCUCGCUCGGUCCAAGGGUGCCCCCGCUGGCCAGUACCAGCUCACCGUCGCCGCCCCUUGCGGUAACGAGCAGAUGCAGAUCCUCCACAUCCGUGAGAUGGACCAGGUCCUCGACUUUUGGAACCUCAUGGCCUACGACUUUGCCGGCUCGUGGGACAGCGUCGCGGGCCACCAGUCCAACCUCUUCUCGGACAACCCCAACGGCCAGUCGGUCGACCGCGCCGUGCGCCACUACCUGGGCGCCGGCGUGCAAUCGCACAAGCUGGUCAUCGGCCUGCCGGCCUAUGGCCGCGCGUUUGCGCAGACCAAGGGCCCCGGCCAAAAGUUUAAUGGCGUCGGCGAGGGAUCGUGGGAGGCCGGCAUGUGGGACUACAAGGCGCUCCCGCAGCCCGGCGCCGAGGUCAUUGACGACCUCCGCCUCGGUCUUAGCUACAGCAUGGACCACGCCAAGGGCCUCAUGAUCUCGUACGACACCCAGUCUGUGGCUGUCAUGAAGUCGACGUACAUCAACCAGAUGAACCUCGGAGGCGCCAUGUGGUGGGAGCUCGACGCUGACGCGCCCGAGGACACGGGCAAGGCCCUCGUCCGCACAGUGCGCGAGCAGCUCGGCCAGCUCGAGUGGCGCCAGAACGAGCUCAACUACCCUGGUUCAAAGUACGAGAACCUCCGCAAGGGCAUGAACUAG